UGACUCUCGCUUGAGACUCUCUCCAUCCAACGUCUCAGAUCAACCAAAACAUCUCUUUGACUCCCUUCAACUCAAUCAUAGCUCAUAUUGUCACACGUGUCCUUACACAACAAAUCACCUCCGAUGCACUCCUGCAAAAUGCUGUUCAAUUACGCGCCACCCUCGUUCAUAAAACCAGUACUCCAUUUCACUUCCUCCUUUGCCUUAUCUCCUCGUGCUGUUCCUCAUCCAGUCAAUAAAAUUCCCCUUUUCCACUCUCUCCGGAUCUUGCGUACUUUCGCUGCCGUGUCUGAAACUAACUCCGCCUCCGACUCUACGCCGGAUCACAUAUCCGGAACGUGGUACUCGGUGCCGGGCCUCCGCCUUCGGGACCACCGAUUCACUGUCCCUCUCGAUUAUUCCAUCGAUCGCAAUGCUUCUCCUAAAAUCUCCGUUUUCGCUCGCGAAGUCGUUUCCGUUGGGAAAGAAGAACACCCACUGCCAUACCUAUUAUAUCUACAAGGGGGGCCGGGCUUUGAGUGCCCACGGCCAACUGAAGCCAGUGGAUGGAUACAUAAAGCUUGUGAAGAAUUUCGUGUUAUUUUGAUGGACCAGCGAGGAACAGGCUUAUCAGUUCCUUUGACACCAUCAUCCAUGUCGCAAUUGGAUUCUGCGGAGGAGGUUGCUGAAUACUUGAAAUACUUUAGAGCUGACAAUAUAGUGAAUGAUGCAGAGUUUAUCCGAGUAUGUCUUGUUCCUGAAGCUGGACCUUGGACGGUUUUGGGUCAGAGCUAUGGUGGUUUUUGUUCAGUAACCUAUUUGAGCUUUGCGCCACAAGGGCUAAAACAGGUCCUUCUAACUGGAGGAAUCCCUCCAAUAGGAAAUGGAUGCACUGCAGAUUCUGUCUAUAGAGCAUGCUACGCUCAGGUUAUUCACCAGAAUGAAAAGUACUACAAGAGGUUUCCUCAGGAUGUUGAAAUUGUUCAUGAAGUUGUGAAGUAUUUGGCAGAAUCUGAAGGAGGCGGGGUGCUUCUUCCAUCAGGGGGGCUCUUAACCCCAAGAGGACUGCAAACUCUUGGUCUCUCUGGUUUAGGAUCCAGUUCAGGUUUCGAGCGUCUGCACUAUAUGUUUGAGAGGGUUUGGGAUCCUGUAAUAGUUCCAGGAUUUCGUAAGCAAAUAAGCUACUACUUCUUGAAUGCUUUUGAGAAUUGGUUGGAUUUUGAUACAAACCCACUCUAUGCUCUCCUGCACGAGUCCAUCUAUUGUCAGGGUGAUUCAUCGCGGUGGUCUGCUCAGAGAAUAUGGACUGAGAAUGGCAGUAAAUUUGAUGCAAUCAGGGCUGUCAAAGAAGGUCGCCCUGUAUUCUUCACAGGGGAGAUGGUGUUCCCAUGGAUGUUUGAAGAAGUUCAUGCCUUAAGGAAAUUUAAAGAUGCUGCUCAUUUAUUGGCUGAGAAGAGGGAUUGGCCACCCCUAUAUGACAUUGCAGUGCUGAAUAAUAACAAGGUACCUGUUGCAGCUGCUGUUUAUUAUGAAGAUAUGUAUGCUAAUUUCAAGUUGGCGAUGGAGACAGCUUCUCAGAUAGCUGGAAUUAGGCUAUGGAUAACCAACGAAUACAUGCAUUCUGGCCUGAGAGAUGGAGGAGGGCAGGUUCUUGAUCACUUGUUGGGAAUGUUAAAUGGAAGAAAGCCGUUGUUCUGAUAACCAUUUGUAAUUCGUACUCACUUGUUUCUCUCUUAUUUGUACAUCUACUCCUUUUUUUUUUUUUGAACUUGCAAUUUAGAAUUAGUAAUAAUGUGCUUUCAUUGAUGGCUCCAAAGCAGUCAUUUCCUGGAAAGUAUUGUAGAUUUUGAACAAGGCGUGUCACGUAAUCAUGUAAAUUUUCUUUACAGGGAGGAAUUUGCCACUUCCAGUUUAUAAUAGAGACGAGUCAGAUCUUCUUUCUUCUGAUUAA